AUAUCAUUGGAAAUCCCACAAGUGGGGCGGCUGGCUAGUUAGUAGUUCAUCUUAUAAUAAUAAUAAUAAUAUAUCGGUAUAAUCCAAUUUCAGACCAUUUCCUGUCGAAAUAUGAAUUGAAUUCAACUCACUGAACUAAAAUUGAAAAUAUCUAUCUAUCUAAUUGACCCAUAUCCUCUUAUCCCUCUCUGUUAUAUGUAUGGGAAAAUCAGUAUUCAGAUUUGACCAAUGAUUGAGUUUGAGGCUAUAUGACAUCAUUCACCCGAUAAUAAACAGGGGAAACUUUUUUUCUUCUUUUUGCCGGAAGAUGGGAACGGUAGCAGAGCUUGAAUCGAUGAAGAAAUUCGGAUGUGUUCAUUACAAGAGGAAAUGUAAAAUCAGAUCUCCCUGCUGCGAUGAAAUCUUCGAUUGCAGGCAUUGCCAUAACGAUGCAAAGAAUUCCCUUGAUGUUGAUCCUCUUAAUCGCCAUGAUAUUCCUCGUCAUCAAGUUACCAAGGUCAUAUGUUCUUUAUGUGACACAGAACAAAAUGUUCAACAACAUUGCUUAAAUUGUGGUGUUUGUAUGGGAAACUAUUUCUGCCCAAAAUGUAACUUCUUCGACGACGAUGUCUCCAAGAACCAAUACCACUGUGAUGAAUGUGGAAUCUGCAGAACUGGAGGCAUGGACAAUUUCUUCCACUGCCAAGGAUGUGGCUGCUGCUACUCAAAAUUAUUACAGGAUGGGCACCGUUGUGUAGACAGGGCAUUGCAUCAUAACUGUCCAGUCUGCUUUGAGUUUUUGUUUGAUACAACAAAAGCUAUUGCGGUGUUACCAUGUGGGCACACGAUACAUUUGGAGUGCGUUAAAGAGAUGGAGUCGCAUUGCAGGUACACUUGCCCUGUUUGCUCCAAAUCCAUUUGUGAUAUGUCAAGUGUUUGGGAGAAGAUUGACAAAGAGGUUGCUUCAACUCUAAUGCCAGAGGUAUACCAAAAUAAGAUGGUGUGGAUACUAUGUAACGAUUGCGGUGAGAAAUCAAAGGUGAAUUUCCAUGUGGUAGCACUCAAAUGUAGGGGAAAGGGAUGCAGAUCAUAUAAUACGAGACGGAUUGAAGGAGGCUGUGCAGCACCCCAAGAAUCGCCCCUUCGAUUAUGACAACAACCAGAGACAUUAGAAGUUGUUAUUGUUAUUCUUCUCUUCUUUAGAGGAUCACUCUAAAUAUUUGAAUUUGAAUGAUUGGUUUGUUUGUUCAA